CCGGUGAAAUAUCUGUCUCAUUGUUCUAUCUGUGUUUGGACCACCUGUCAGGGAGCUAGCGUUAGUAGGUUAGCUUCUCCAUACUCACUUUCCCAGACACAGGAGUGGCAUUUUGGCAAUGGAUUCGCUUUUGAAUAUAUGCGCCGUAUAUGUCGCAAUCUAUGCGGACAGAUACCUCAGUGACUUCAUAGCUUUACCUGCAGGCAUAAAAGACACGCUGCUACGAAUCAUGUCAUCACAGGGCACGGUGACCGACCUAAACAUCAGUCAGCUGAUGCAUCUUGGGACACACAAGCUGGACAUGGUGAACUGCAGAGUGUCUGACUCCGCCCUGCAACAGAUCCGCUGUCCGCAGCUCCGGACGAUCCUUCUGCGGGGCCAACCCAGCAUCACCUCAGAUGGUGUGAGGGCUCUGGCGGCCUCCUGCCCAGGCCUGCAGGUGGUGGACCUGACUGAGUGUACUGCAGUGACAAAUGAGGGGGUCCUGGCGCUGGCCCAUGGCUGCAGUUCGCUGGAGGUCCUCUCCCUCUGGGGCUGCUCUGCUGUGGGAGAUGCCGCCCUGCUGGCACUGGCAGGGAACUGCAGGCUUCUCCAUAGCCUCAACCUCUCGGGAACCAAGGUUACAGAUGAGGGUGUCAUUGGGCUGGCUACUGCACCAUGCUCUAACAGUUUGAAGGAACUCCAGUUGGCCCGAUGUCGAAACCUGACAGGCAAGGCGGUGAGGGCUGUCCUUACAAACUGCCCCAACGUCCGGAUCUUUACCUUCGAUGGAUGUCCUCUCAUCACUGAUCAAGAGGCCCUGCACAACCUUUUAGACCCAGAUAAGUUCCAACAGGUAUCAUGGACAGUGUACUGAGGGAAAAGUUACCCAUAAAUGCAGACCUAGGAACAGAUUACCCUACCCACAAUCCUAAACCUACCCAUUAGAUUAUCUGACCCUGGAUCAAGGAGUUAGGAGCAACUUCUACCUACUCCAAGGGAGCACUGAGGAGGAGGGCUGGAAAGAAAAGACACUUAAACUCCUUCAAAUGAUCUAAGCUUCUGGGACCAAAGUGACGGCACUGGGCUCAUGGCUGUUAUUUAUAUUCCGCUAAACAAAAAAACACCAGUCUCAGUAAAUCUCAGUUUUGUAGUGUGAUUAUCAUCAAUAAGUGGUUGAAGAUUGUCAAGUUGCGUCAAUUCAAAUCUGGUAUAGGAACAAAAAGAGGUCAAUACACGUCUUCAAAAAUAGACUAGUAU